AUGAAGAAGGCAUUCAGGCCUCAAGCAAGCAGUGCGCGCUCAUUUGGAGGCAGCGGCUUUGGUGGGGGGUUUGGUGGCACUGGAUUUGGUGUAUCUUCGUCGCCGCUGUCAUGGAUUGCUGAACCGCCGGAUCUCUCAAACAUCUCGGACCCCAAUGUCGGAGUCGCCUUUAAGAACUUGACCAAGAAGGACAGCACAACCAAGACCAAGGCUCUCGAGGAUCUUCAGCAGUAUGUUUCUGUUCCGGACCAGCACAUCGAGGAACCUGUACUGGAAGCAUGGGUCAAACUAUAUCCCCGUCUCUCAAUAGACAGCGCCCGUCGCGUCCGUCAAUUGGCACACAAUGUCCUCGGUCACAUCGCGACCAAGAGCGGAAAGCGAAUGGCGAAACACAUGUCCAGAAUCGCUGGCCCAUGGCUUGCAGGUGCACAAGACAGCGAUCGUGCUGCCGCCAGAGCUGCUCAGGACGCCCUGAAGCUAGUCUUCAACACCCCCGAGAAAUUGCAGAACCUCGGAAAGGCUUUCCAACAGCCCAUCCUCGAACAUUGUAGAGACGCCCUUUUGAACGAGACAGUCCAGACACUGAGCGACGAGCGAAGUGUCAGCCCUGCCGAUGCCCAGGCAACCUACUCACGAGUCGUCGCCACGAGCAUAGCCGUUAUUUCGAACCUCCUAAAUGACCUCGCCCCGGAAGAGCUUGCCAAACAGCAGGAAACAUACGAAGACAUUGUUGGCCAAAGCAAGAUUUGGGAUUUGGCAUCCUACAAGGAAGAUGUUGUUGUCAGGAGAUCCAUUCACCGUUUCUUGCGCACAUGCUUGACUAAGCAGAAGCCUACUGUCGAGGUCAAUCUUUCAACCAUUAGCGAAGCCUACAUCUCCAAGGCUCUUCCUCACGAUCAGACCGGUUCAUCUUACGACUUUAUGCUGGCUCUUGUAGAGCUCACAGAGGCCUUGCCUCAAGCCUGGACCACAAGCUACACAUCCAAGAAGCCAGCCAGCACUAGAUUGAGAGGUUGCAUCAAACGCGGUUCUCAGGCUGGACCUGCCGAGUUCUGGACCAAUGCCUGGCUUCUAUUCAGCAAAUUGCCUACAGAGGUUCUGCCUCAAAAAUACUCUGAGGCUGAGGAGUUGCUCAAUGCGGUGCAUGACGGUGUUGGCCAGAAGGACGACCGAUUCAACGCAUCUGCGGCGUGGUUUGCCUACUUCAAAAUCCUUGAUCUGGUCCAAAGCAGUGCAUCCUUGUCUGACGAGGAGCACGAAACUCUGCUAAACAAAACGGCCAUCCCAGCUAUCGAGCAGUAUUUGCGUCCAUCCUCUAGCACUUCCGACUGGUCGAUAUCUGGUGCUAAGCCUGCGUGGAACGUAUCAAAAGCUGCAUUCUGCAAGCGUUUGCCGGCUGUUUUGGAGAAGAAGUGGCCUGAAUACGCUACACUACUCAUUGAGGACAUUCGAACAUCACUUCCAGAGCAAUCAAAAGAUUUCGAAAAGUCUCAAGCGCAUAUUGCCUCCGCCGCUGAAAGAUGGGCAUUGCUUCAGUCAGAGCUUCUACGUGAAGAAUAUCAACGCCCUGAAUCUCUACAGGCAGUCUUCUCCCAAUCAGCCAAGGAUAUUGUCAAAGCAUCUCUCGAAACGCUCAGAUCGCGAAACGGAAAGCCGUAUGGCGCUGCUGCCGCAGUGGACGAGUUGCAAAAUCACUGUAAAGCUCUACUCACCAAAGAUCAGGACACUCAAGACAUCAUCGCGACUUUCGUUAUUGAUGAUUUGCCAGAGUUGGUGUCCUCCCCUUCGCAGAGACAAUUAGUCUCGCUCCUAUACCAUUUCCAAGCCGACUCCAGAUUCGGCGAGGCUUGGAACAAGACAGCAAACGCGAUUGGUAACAGCCCAGAUUCUGACGAGAAGUUGCACGCCUUCCGAGACUUGCUAGUUUCACCCAGAGUCAAGCCUGCUGCCGAGCUUGCCGCUCAAAAUGGUGAUAUCCAAGCCUUCCUACAGCGUCAAUUCAGGUCUAGUUUGGAAACAGGACAGCAGUGGAGCUUUGUCUCAGGUAUCCUCAAGGGCACACCGAGCGUAGCUUCUACAGAAACUGUCGACGGUAUGUUAGCGGACCUGACUGCAUCACUCUCCGUGUCAGACAAGGCGGGUUCUGCUCUUGAUGGUUUGCAAGAAAUUUCACGAAGCAACAAGACUCUUGUCAAGGAGCAUAUUAAGAAGCCUAGUGGAUCUCAGCUACUUCCUAGCCUCCUUCUAUUGGAAGAGUCUUCCGAUGAAUCACUGGCUACAAAAGCCUCUAGUAUCAGCAAGAGCAUUGUCACUGAGGCUGACAAGGCUGGCUCUCAAACCAUUCUUUUCGACGUUGUGCACCAGAGUUUGAGAGAUGUGUCGGCGAGCUCACUUCCGAUGCCUCAAGUCCUGGACAUGGCUGCAAACCUCAUCCACGAUAGUGACCUCGAGCACAAGAAGCAGGAAGUUUCCAAACAAGCUCUGCCCGAUUUGAAGUCUUGGAGAGCCGCAAUUGCGCCAUUCAUCGGAACUGCACCUCCCAUCGCACUUGCCAUUACGAGUGUUUUGGGUGGUGCCACUUACCUGGUUGACCCUGAGGCAAAGCCCGAUUCUGCCAAGAUCCUCAGAGAUGCCGAUGGCUUGUCACAAGCUCUGAGAUUUGCCAUGUACACCUCGAGAGUGUUCUCCAACCGUGAUCUGCUUCAAGCACUUGAUCCUGAGACACAAACAGAGCUGUUCCAGCUCUUCUAUAUCACAUACGUUCUUCUGAACGAAAGCAUAUCCCUGACAGCGCAAGGUGGCCUUGCCUCGCCUAACACAGAGACCGAGGCUGAGGUGGUCGAAUUUGUCAACGAAGCCAACAGACUCAUUGGAGACUGCUUCCAGCAGUACGAAGAUGGUUCGUCCUACGCAUUUGUUGGUACGGUCAUCGACAAUUUUUUUGAGAACUCAAAGGGCACUAGCACGUCUGCGUUCCACCAUGCUCAAGCACUGAGCCAUGCGCUCGGCGAUCUUGAAUCCAUCCACGGUGGUGGUCAUGCCAAGGUACAAGAAUAUGAAGAUCAGGCAUUACAGCUCUACAAAGCCAAGGACGUCAUUCCCUUCACAGCUUGCGCCAGUGGUGUCAAAGAAGCAUUGUCCGAUAGCAAGAAACUCGACAGGCAGACUAACGAGCUGGUUGCCGAUCUCACUGGCGUGGACGCUACGCAGUCUCCUGAGAAGGCCAUCACAAAACUUGUCAUGCUCAAUGCAUUGUUCCCCGAGAGCAAACAAGCUGACAGUAUUGUCGCCAAACAGCGUCUCAUCUUCUUGAUGAAGCAUAUCUUGCCCUGGCUCGACAAUGAUGAAGUUGUUACACCGAUCAAGGCUGAGACAUGCAAGACGCUGCUGUUCGUCUUGCCUGGUGUUAGCGAUAUCUACGGUGAACACUGGUCGCAAAUUCUGGCAUUCCUGACUCACACAUGGGACUUGGGCUUCGUCCGUGACGAGACUGCUGAUGAGAGUCGUAUGGCUUUGAUCUGCACCACUCUCCAACUUUCUUCCAUCCUCCGUAGCCUCAAAUCAAGUGAAGAGCCCAACGAUGAUCUUGUUGAUGCUUGGAAGGAGAGUUCCGAGGUUCUUUACAUGGGCUUGAUGAAUCUUGUCAGACAAGGUCAAGGUCAGUCCGAUGAGCACCACGAACCUCUGAAGGCACUGUUCCAGUCGCUAGGCAGCGAAGUCGCAAAGUGGUCUACCAGUGAGGUUGAGGAUGAAGCAGAACUCUACCCUCUGCUCUACACACCGUCAAAGGCCCUGCAGAAGACAGCUUUCGAUAUCUUGCACCGUGUUAUCCCAGCAGCACAGGAGCAAGUUUCCUUUGACGCAGCGCUCGAGAAGAAGGCGGCAAAGUUGCCGGAGGAGCUGUUAUCGCUGCUGCUUGCCCCUCCUACACUAGACAGUCUAGCCGAUGCAUCUUUCCGCACUGGCAUCCCUCACGAGCUGCAAGCAUACCUUUACAGCUGGCAACUCGUCUUCGACCACUUUACCAACUCCAGCUACCAAGUCAAGUCCGACUAUGUUGAAGCUUUACGCGAGGGCGAAUAUCUCGGCCACCUGCUCGAGCUAACCUGGGAGCUCUUGGGUCACGUCCGCGGCCGCCCCGUCGACGUAUCAAAAUACGACGUCCGCCGCUUCGACUACCUCGACCAACAAGGCGACCUCGAAGGCCUCGGCGCCGACAAAUGUAUGCACUGGCUACUAGCCCACCUCUACUACCAAUCCCUCAUGCACGUCCCCUCUCUCACAAAAACCCACUUCCUGGCCCUAAAAUCGCGUCAAACCGGUCUCGCGGUCGAAAGCUGGACAGCCAAAUACAUUGCUCCCCUUAUUGUCUCUGCAUCUCUGGACUCCGUGUGUCAAUGGGCAGACGCCACAAAGAACGACCCCGAAUACGAAGGCUGGAGCGCCAAAGUCUCCCCCCGCAGCCGCGAAGUCCAGUUUUCGUAUCUGGUCGACGAGCAAACAAUGUCCAUCGUCAUCCGCCUACCCGAAACCUAUCCUCUGGCAUCCGCACGCGUCGAAGGGCUCAACCGCGUCGCCGCCGACGAGCGAAAAUGGCAAUCCUGGCUGCGCAACUGCCAGGGCGUGAUUCAAUUCAGCAAUGGCAAUCUCAUCGAUGGCUUGACAACUUGGAAACGCAAUGUCACUGGUGCACUGAAAGGGCAGUCCGAGUGUGCUAUUUGCUAUAGUAUCAUCAGCGGGGACAGGCAGUUGCCGUCUAAGCGCUGCAGCACUUGCAAGAACUUGUUCCAUAGUUCUUGUUUGUUCAAGUGGUUCAAGACUAGCAAUGCUAGUACGUGUCCGCUUUGUAGAAAUGCUUUCAACUAUGGUUAA